UCUCGCAGUGACCCAAUAUGGCAACGAAAAGUUGGAUCCGUUUUCAAGGUGUGGUAUUUUGCCGAAAUACUCCCUCUUCGAGCCAAGUACAGAAUAAAUGUAGGAUAUUUCUGCGCUCAGGUCACUCACUGCUUCUUCAGAGAUCACUAUGUUCAUCUGCCACACCUACAACAGAAAGCGUAUCAAUUAACUAUAACAAUGGUAUCCCACAAAUCCUUGUACCUCUACCUAGUAGGCAAGAACGUUGUCAAUUCACAUUAAAACCGCUAGGGAACACAGUAGGAGAUUUCAUACAGUAUCUCCAGGACGAGGAUGGAGGAAUUGACAGAGCUGCCAUCUAUUCAGAAGAUGGUCUACGGGUGGCUAAAUGUACAGAUAUUGCAACUCUACUACAAUCAAACUUCAGGCUAGAACUCAACGAUAGAACAUAUAGCGUCACCUCACCACCUAUAGGUCCUAUAGAUCAUGAUGACUUAGUGCAAUUAUAUGAUGUGAAAUCUCUGCUGUCAAAACUGCAUUCUACAUUAAACGUGGAAGAGCACCAACUCCAAAGGGAGCGAGACCUCAUUAGCAAGCUAGAAGACCUAAAGGUUGAAAUUGAACCUCUAGAAAAGUCAAAACUAAAUUUAGAACUAUAUUCUAAAAAGCGGGUCAAUCGGCUAGCAUGGAUGGGUCUAGGAAUGAUGGGAAUCCAGUUUGGAUUGUUCGCACGUCUAACUUGGUGGGAGUACUCCUGGGAUAUUAUGGAACCAGUUACAUAUUUCGCAACAUACGCAACAUCUAUGGCGAUGUUCGCAUACUACUGUGUCACCAAAGAACCAUAUGAGUUUCCGAUAGUUCGAGAUCGUGAGUUUCUGAAGUCAUUCCACAAGUCUGCUCGAACCAAACUAGACAUUAACAAAUACAACCAGCUAAAGACGGCUAUAUAUCAAACAGAGUACGAUCUAAAGAGACUACGAGAUCCCCUACAGGUCCAUUUACCCAUUAAGGAAUUAGAACCAAAGAAAUCACCAGAGGAUUUUAAGCCUUUGGUUUAAUACAAAUAGGAUUCGUUUGUGUGUAAAAGUAGUGUUUAGUCCUGUUUUGAAAUGUUAAAUGAACCAGAACUGUGUUAUAUUUUCAAGGAUAUGAUCUUAGAAAAAGCCAAAUACUCUCCAAGUCUAUUUACCCACUAAGGAGUUUAACAUUUAGGAUAUUUGGAGCCCGCAGCGCAAAUGAAGUGUGAUAUAAAGUGGAAUUGGGUUAUAUUUUAAAGAAAUGCAAUCUUACAGAACAGACAGAAGCUCUCCCAAGGCCUGGUAUGAUAUACUCAUUAACAAAUUUACAAAGUACGAAAGAAAUAAUCUAAGGAUUCUAUACUAAGUUUUCAACAUACAUAGGAUUCUUUUCAUGCACACAAAUGAUCACAAUUUUGGAAUGUGAAGUGAACUGGAGUUUGGAGUCUUCAUAAGGAUUUCAAUCUUCAAACAUCAAUAUUGAAUCGUGGACCAGUUAUCAUGUUAUUUGAAGUCAGCUGGUUUAGAUUGUCUAUCUAGCUUUUAGCACCAUUGAGACACCCACACCACAUGCACAUUUUGAUGAUGUUCUCUAUUUCAUCACUCAAUAUUACUGAGGCACAGGAUUUUAUCCAUCUAUAGUACUCAGGCACAGGAUUUUAUCGAUCAAUAAUACUGACUUAUCACUGAGGCAUGGGGAUUUUAUCAAAUUAUAAUACUGAGGCACAGGAUUUU